AUGAGGGUCUUGGUUCUAGGUGCGACCGGCUUUAUUGGCUUCCCAGUAGCACAGGCGCUCGUCAGGAACGGCCACAUUGUCUACGGCCUGACUCGCUCGGACGCAAAGUCAAAAGAGCUUCAAGCAGAGGAAAUCAUCCCCAUUGUAGGCGAUCCCGCAAAGCCCAAAGAAUGGCUAGAGCCGCUCAUGCCGACGCUCGACUGUCUUGUUGAUACCGUGGGCGGCUCGGCGGAGAUCAACAAGUUGCAAGAGCUCCUGAUUGACACAGCCAUUUCUUUGGCGAAGGCUACCAGGCCGGCAGGCUCGCCAAAGCUGUCCUUCAUCGAGACAUCAGGUACCUGGGUCCACGGAGACGACAAUGCGGAGAUCAAGAGUGAUUCGACGCCGCUGACUACACCUCAGGAAUUGACGCAAUGGCGCCUCGCCAUCGAGACAAAGCUGACCCAAUCCACCGAGCUGAACGGCACCAUUAUCCGUCCAAGCCUGCUGUACGGUCGCUCUGGCUCGCUUCUCGCAACAGCCAUGCAAAGUGCGUCCAAGGGCAAGGUUUCCUGGAUCGGCACGCCAGAUCAGCGUCUUGCCACGAUUCAUACUGACGAUCUGGCGGAUCUGUACCUUCGAGCAGCAGAGAACCCGGCUGCGGCGGCAGGACGUAUCUUUGACGGAACCAACGACUAUUCAGUCGGUGUUGCAGACUUUCUCCAGGUGCUUCAGCGGACAUCGAAGGCCGAGGGUGAAGUCGAGUAUCAGAAACCAUCGAACGCGUUUGAGAGUGCACUCGCUUCGUCUGCCGUUCUCAGACCUCAUCUCGGAAGAGUCUUGCUCGGCUGGCACCCCAAGAAGGCCAGUCUGGUCGACGGUAUCGAUGUCUACUACGCUGCCUGUCUGGCUGCGCAAUGA